CCAAACCUCACCAAACACCUGCAUUCCUGGCCCGGGAACACAUAUUCAAAUCACAGCAAACGAAACGGGAGAAGACCGUUGCACCUUCCAAUUUACAACCUUUUUCGAUCUCAGUUGCCGCUCGCUGGAUUGCAACACCUUCCCCGGGCGUCUUGCACAGCAUAACACGGCUUCCGGCGACGCACCUGGAAGAUUAGGUUACCCAAUCCCCAACAUCCCCAACAAGAAGCAGUUAGCUCGUAUAUAUGCAGGCCUGCGACAUGCAGACCUGAGUUUCCUAUCCCUCGAUCAGCAUAUUGAACGCCAUGGCCGGAGUUGGUUUUGCUCUGACGCUCUGCGUCCUGCUCGCCCACGACGUCGUUUGGGAGGCGCGGGCGGCGUCGUACACCGUCGGGAACAGCGCCGGCUGGGACAUCAGCGCGGACCUCCCGUCGUGGGCGGACGGCAAGACGUUCAACGUCGGCGACGUUCUAGUGUUCACGUACUCCAAGUACCACACCCUGGACGAGGUGGACGCGGCGGGGUUCAGCAACUGCAGCGCCGCCAACGCGCUGCUCUCCCGGAGCGACGGCAACACGACGGUGGCCCUGACGUCCGGCGGCGACCGGUACUUCAUUUGCGCCCACCAGACGCACUGCCUCGGCGGCAUGAAGCUGCACGUGCACGUCACCGGCGGCUCCACGGCCGCAGUCCCCGCCGGUGCCGGCGCCCCGCAGGCGAUCCCGGGCGCCGCCCUCGGACCUGCGGGCGCCGGCACCGACUACGGCGACGCGGGCAUCCCCAGGCUCGACCUCGGCGGCUCGCACCGGCUGCUUGGUACAGGGACCGUGCUGGCCGCGACGUUGUGGCUGUGCGUGGCUGUAGCUCUGUUGAUAUGAAGGUUCUGUAAAACAGCCGAUCGUGGUCGAGGCAUGCCGAGUUUUGUGUCUACUUUUCAAGUGGUGAUUCUUCUUCUUCUUCUUC